GGGCUUUUGUUUCUGACCCCUUGCCAUGGUGACUUUGAAGGGUCCGUUGUUCUUAGGUUUCUUAUAUACAGCUCUGCUGUUCCCUGACUCAAAAAAUGUGGCUCUACCGAAUAAUGUCCAACGCGUCCUGCACUGAACACUCAUAACUGUUACCUCAUUCCGAGUCAAAUUGGCCACAAUUGUCAUGCGUAUCUACUCGCAACCCAAGCGCAGCCUUUCGACGAUAUAUCGAGGGGCAGAAAAGACGGAGAGUAUUCAAGAAUACCUUACUGCCCAUCAAGAAUUUUGGUACGACUCUGGUGACAUCGUACUGAUAUCGGAAAAUGGCAGACCCGGAGGCAGAGCAUUCAAAGUGCACCGUGAACAUCUCACCGGGUACUCGUUUCCCUUCCUCAUGGACUGGUUCAGAUAUCUUCACUCGGGAUUACGAGAAGUGAAUGGAGGUAUUCCUGUGAUAUUGCUGGAUGACUCUACCGCCGACGUUGUCUUCCUCCUUGCCUCAUUAUACUACCCGGGCUGGAAAAAUUCUAUUUUCAACCGUGGCCAACCGGUACCGGUCGACGUCAUAGAGACAAUGCUUCGUAUUUAUCGGAAGUACGGCAUCGAUAUCCUUCGUGAAGAGGCUUUCUAUCGUUUGAAAAUGUACCUGCCGAAGUCCCUCAAUGAGCUUGACGAUCUGCUCCUUGUUUAUGAUUCAAACUCGAGUCGAAGGAUAUCUGGCCUAGACAGGUUCGACCCAGUUCGUCUCGUCAACCUGGCGCGCAGAUAUGACCUUGAUCACUUGCUUGCGAUGGCAUUCUAUCUCUGCUGCCAGAUCGAUCCUAUAUUGCUCGCCUCUAGUCGCUCUCGUGAUCCCAACACAUUAUUAUCCAAUAAAGACCUCAGAAUCUGUCUCAUUGGGAGGAAGCGACUUCAGCAGAUCAAUGCAGUUGCUACGCGCUGGCUAUUCAGUAAUAUACCUCGUCGUCACUGCACCUACUAUCCUCCAUUCUCCCAUAGGAAACGACUUAAUUGGGAUUGUCAUCCCUUACGUCCGUCAACAUGGUUCGAGUCUGCAGAACUCAAUAUGUGCGCUGCGUGUCUUAAAGACGUACGCAGCAUGUUCGAUAAUAUGCGAACGCUUGUCUGGCAGGAUCUGCAUAUUGUUUUCGAUCCUAGUCCUGAACCGUGGGCUCAGAGUGUAUGGCGACGUCCAGAGGCGUCCAUGAAAAAGCUCUGACAUCACUACCGCUGUCUUAUUGGAUUCCUCACUAGUCUAAUCUCGACAUUCACUAGUGUCGACCCAUCUGUGUCUACUUUGGUACUCAACUCAUACAUCUGUGGAUUCAAUCGAACUUUGUCUCGAUUGAAUACCGAACUGGAAGGAGGAUGUCUCACCAAAACUCGUAAUCAUAAUGCGGGAACGCCAACCGAACAUUCCACAAGACACGUUCUAUACGCCUCUCCAUCGAAUACGACACAAGGAUUUUGUCGUGUACACUACGAUCCGCUUGUAACGAUUGCGAGGGUCGGAUAGUGACAUGGUGUUGCAUGUGAGCAAGAGGAGUAGAUUAUGGAUUAUGGAUCCAUAACACUAGCUAGAUAUGUGCAAGACGGAGAGUCGGCUUUGGAUAUCCAAUUCUUGUGUUUUCUGCCCUUCUGGUUCGAGUUACGUUACGGCCUGUGGAAGGUUCAGCAGCACCGACAGGACCACUCCUUUUAGAAGGAAACUGUGGACAACGUUCAACCAUAGGGCUAUCGUUCAGACCUGCAUAUCCCCCGGUGGAGAUUGAUAGGCAUGUACGUACUACGCACCAUUGUACCAGUUUGUACUGUGUAGCAUGCCAAAAGAAAUCAUAAAACAGAUACCAAUUUUGGGAUCUUAGACAGUCGGUCGGAAUCUGGAGCAGAGGAAUGGCAAGACUUCAC